GCCGUCCACGGCGAAGUUGUUGAGCUUGUCGCCGGCGGACGUGGACGAGCCAAGGCUCGAGCGGAAAGCUGUUAAGCAGUAGACCAGAUCUGGCUGUCGAGCGACGGUGGAUCGCCGCGUCCAGGCCGACCUCUCUCCGUUGUCCCGGCGACUAAGUCUUGGCCGCGAGCGCUCGUCCACAGAUAUGGAGAUGCAGAGUCGCAGCCGGCCAUGGACGGUGUGGCUCGAGUCAUUUGACCCCGCCGACGGGCUCGCCGCUGUCGGGCUCUCCGCUAAUUGCAGAUGUUUCCAGAGGAAGAGGAAGCGCGCUCGUGCAUGGCCGACCUCCGCACGAUUUAUGGACGAGGCCGCCCGUCCAUGGCCACCGAACCUGCUCAAUUCAUUGGCUUCAGAUCUGGUGUUCUCUCGCGGCCGUGGAUGAGGCCCACCUAGUUGCUCCGGAUCUGGAGUUCGUUCGUGGAUGAACAGGGGAAAGACGAAACGCUCGUCCAUGGCCACCCCUCCUGCGCCGCCUUCAGACCCGUGACGAGAAGUCGUGCCGACGUCGCUAGUGGAUGAUGAGCGGCCGUCCAUGCUGACUCGCCGCCGUCCAUGGAGGCCCAGAUGAACGAGGAGCGCGUUGUCGAAGAAGGAAGGAGAGAAAAACAAAAAUACAUGUGACCAUCAGCAGCCAUGUGCCCAUUUAUUAGUGGGCGAGAGUAGAAUAUGCUCGCCACAUCAGCCGUUGACGCCGAACCACUGAACAUUUUCUGGUCUUCGGAGAUACAGUAACGUUCUCUCUGUGUCAUUUGUGUUGCUCUCUCUCUCUCUCUCUCUCUCUCUCAUGCUGGCUUCUGAAGAAACUCGAAUUCUCUUCAGAAGCCACAGAUCUUGUUCAUCCCAAGGAGAGAAAUUUCGGUUUUUCUCCUUUUAGCAUAUGCACAUUGAUUCUUGAACUUCAGAUAUCGGACAUCUUGGGUAGAAGGGGUCCGUAAUGGCGGCCAAUGCGACGGCGACGGUCUGUCCCGCGCCGAUGAAGGCCACGUCGAACGGGUCGUUCCAGGGCGACAACCCUCUGGAUUACGCGCUCCCUCUGGUCAUCCUUCAAAUAUGCCUCGUCGUGACCUUCACGAGACUGCUCGCAUUGAUUCUCAAGCCUCUCAGACAACCGAGGGUCAUCGCGGAGAUCAUUGGUGGAAUCUUGCUUGGGCCUUCGGCAUUAGGAAGAAGCGAGAAAUUCCUGCACGCAGUUUUCCCGUCACGAGGCAUGACCGUCCUGGACACGCUCGCGAACAUAGGCCUCCUCUACUUCUUAUUCCUGGUCGGCCUUGAGCUGGACAUCCGUUCCAUCAAGAAAACCGGCAAGAAAGCCCUGGGAAUCGCCCUAGUCGGUAUCAGCCUCCCUUUCGUCCUCGGAAUCGGCACAUCAGUGGUCCUCCGGUCCACGAUCUCCAGAGGAGUGAGCCAAGGCCCGUUCCUCGUCUUCAUGGGCGUGGCCCUAUCCAUCACGGCCUUUCCCGUCCUGGCCCGCAUACUCGCCGAGCUCAAGCUCCUAACCACUGACGUGGGCCGCAUAGCCAUGUCGGCGGCUGCCAUCAACGACGUCGCAGCGUGGAUCCUGCUCGCACUCGCCAUAGCCCUCUCGGGCAGCAACACGUCCCCGCUGGUCUCCCUGUGGGUCCUGCUCUGUGGGGUUGCAUUUGUGUUAUUUGCGAUCUUCGCCCUCAAGCCGGUGCUCGGCUGGAUGGCACGCAGGUCACCCGAGGGUGAGCCCGUGAAGGAACUCUACAUAUGCAUCACGCUGUCCCUAGUGCUGGCCGCGGGCUUCGUGACAGACACCAUCGGCAUACAUGCGCUCUUCGGGGCUUUCGUGGUGGGCAUUGUGGUGCCUAAGGAUGGGCCAUUUGCCGGGGUCCUGAUCGAGAAGAUAGAGGACCUUGUGUCGGGGCUCCUCCUGCCACUCUACUUUGUGUCGAGCGGAUUGAAGACAAAUGUCACGACGAUACAAGGAGCGCAGUCCUGGGGGUUGUUGGUGCUUGUCAUUUUCACAGCUUGCUUUGGGAAAAUUGUGGGGACAAUUUCUGUUUCAAUGUUGUGCAAGGUGCCAUUGAAGGAAGCUGUCACUCUUGGGUUCCUGAUGAACACCAAGGGUUUGGUGGAGCUCAUUGUGCUCAACAUUGGGAAGGACAGGAAGGUGCUGAAUGACCAGACAUUUGCAGUCUUAGUUCUAAUGGCCUUAUUCACCACGUUCAUCACAACCCCAACAGUGAUGGCUGUGUAUAAACCAGCCAGGAGAGGAGUGCCGUACAAGCACCGGACAAUCCGGCGGAAGGACCUCGACACUGAGCUCCGGCUGCUGGUCUGCUUCCACAGCACACGCAACAUCCCUACCAUGAUCAACCUCAUCGAGUCAUCCCGCGGGAUUCAGAAGAGGGGCCGCCUCUGCGUCUACGCCAUGCACCUCAUGGAGCUCUCAGAGCGGUCCUCGGCCAUUUCCAUGGUGCACAAGGCGCGGAGGAAUGGCCUCCCGUUUUGGAACAAGGCCUGCGACGGCCAGGACCAGAUGGUGAUCGCGUUCGAGGCCUACCAGCAGCUCAGUUCCGUCACCGUGCGCCCCAUGACUGCUAUAUCCCCUCUCGGCACCAUCCACGAGGACAUCUGCAUGAGCGCACACCAGAAGCGGUCUGCGAUGAUAUUGCUCCCAUUCCACAAGCACCAGAGGUUGGAUGGUGUGAUGGAAUCACUGGGCCACGCCUUCCAAGCCGUGAACCAGAGGGUCCUACGCCAUGCACCAUGCUCGGUCGGGAUUCUUGUAGACCGCGGCCUAGGAGGCACAACCCAAGUCUCCGCCAGUGAAGUCUCGUACACGAUCGUCGUGCCCUUUUUCGGAGGCCGUGAUGAUCGCGAGGCGCUUGCCUUCGGGGUUCGCAUGGCAGAGCAUCCUGGGAUUGUGCUCAGUGUUACGAAGUUUGUUUUCCCUCCAGGAACAGCAGUUGCAGCACAAGAAAGUAAUGAAGAUGAUGACAGCCCCAACGAUGAUGAUCUGUCAGAGUUGACUGCCAGCAAAAAUGAGUCUAUUGCCUAUGAGGAGAGGACUGUGGCAACUAAGGAAGACAUAGUUGCUGCAUUAAAAUCAAUGAGCAAGUGCAAUCUGUUUAUAGUGGGAAGGAUGCCUUCCAAUGUGCCGGUAUUGGUGGACCGGACGAGUGAUUGUCCGGAACUGGGCCACGUCGGGAGCUACUUGGCCUCGUCAGGCUUCUCGACCACCGCAUCAGUUCUGGUGGUUCAACAGCAUAACCCGUCGGGGAGUCUUCACCCGCUGGUGAAGGAACAGGCGAAGGCAGAUGUCUAUGACUUGCCAGAUACAUCACUGGGAGAUUACUCCCGUGGCAAUACUAUGGUCUAAAGUUCUGUCUCACAUGUACUUGUGCAUCAUCUUCUUCAAACUCAACAAAGUCCCUUUCAAAUCACGCUUAUAUAGAGGGAAACUAUUAGGCCAUCCUAGUCAAAUAAGAGAUCUCCUCUAUUCCCUGUUUCGAGGAGAUUGUAAGGCCUUUUACUUCGUGUUACUAUGCCUUGCAAAUUGUGGAACUAGUGAACCCUGGACAUGGUUAUGGGUAUGAAACUGGAGCCGGUCGAGGCUUGAUGAAAUCUUUCAGAGACGGAAGACGGAAGAGAGUGGUGGGAGAUGUCAAUUGUGUCACCUGUAAUGUAAGUGUGCGACUUCAUGGAGCAGAACAUUGCGGGUGCAAAUGCUCACAAACUCCCAGAUCGAUCUUAUACACACGUUUUAUUUAGAUUCACCAUCUAUAUAUUAGUAACACUGUAAUAGAGAACAUUAUCAAUCAGAAGGGAUUAUUUUCUCCGGUGAC